AUGGAGUCCGUCUGCGGCAUUCGGCUCGGGCAUGGUCAGGUACGAGCCCAGGAAGCGACAACACAAGCAAGGAAGACAGAAAAAGAAAGAGAGAAAGAAAGAAAGAAAAAGGCAAAGCAAGAGAUGGGGUGCGGAGGCGGAGGAGAUGCUGACGAAGGCGACGAGGCGAAGGGAAAGGAGGAUGCGCUCGCAUCCAGUAGGCUCCUCGAUCCGGAAUUCAAGCCCUCCAAGCUGUCCCAAGAUCAGCUCGACAAGUUUAAGGAAUUGCACAAGAAAUGGCUACAAAUAAAGGAAAAAACAAAAUCCAAAGGAAAACCUAAAGGAAGAACUGGGGCGAAUACAAAUGUAGCCAAUGAUUCUAAAUUUAAUAAUAAGGAUAAAUCAAUUGAUAGUGCCGCAAUAGAUGUACAGCAUACAACAUCAACUACAGGAGCCCAAGCGAAUCUUGCACCGUCCCUGCCCUUGAGGAACAAAAGGAAGUUGCAUUGGGGGCUUGAUGUUAAAGAACGGUGGGAGAGGAAAGCAAACAUGUGAAUUUCUGAAGAUCAUUUAAAUUCUCAGAGCAAAG